ACACAUGUGUUGUUUCGCUCGAAUGCCAGAAGGGCAUGGAGCUCGUUAUAUUAUCGUUUUGAUUCAGGUUAAUUGGUGUUUUUCUUCACACUUUCAGUUUCAUAGACUCUAGUAGGAUCCACUUCUUAACCUACUGAAGAAUUGACCUCUGAAAGGCCACUCUAUUGUCUUGCGCUUCAACACUAAGUCGCCUUUAUACCCUCCACAAUAAGCGUGGAAUAUAUUGCGGUUCUCGUCGAGAUUUUAUAGGUUCGUGUAGACUUCUUAAACAGUCUGGGGAUGUUUAGUUGACGGUGUCCUAAGAUGAGGAUUUUAACAGUUGGCGUACUAAACUGAAAUCUGAACGCCUCAAAGUGGAAGUUUUCGGUUAAGAAGAAAAGUUUUGUUAUGGCAAAGAAGUGAACUCGAAGAUGUCACAAAUGGCCUCUGCUAGUCCAGGCGGGAUUGGCCCUUCUCUUCCAGUAUCAUGGGUGAUUUCAUCCGAAGAUAGAACCAAACAUGAAGCUACCUUCCAGAGUUUGAACCCAUCAAGUGGCUUCUUGACAGGGGAGCAAGCUAAGAAGUACUUCCUGAAAUCAAAUCUUCCACCAAUGGUGUUAGGCCAGAUAUGGAAUCUUGCAGACCUAGAUCGGGAUGGGAAGAUGACAAUGCAGGAAUUCACCAUUGCUGUUCAUCUGAUACAAAGCAAGUUAAAAGGUGUUGAAUUGCCAACAUCACUCCCUAACAGUUUGAAAAUGACCUCCAUGCCAAGUACCUUCCUCCUGGGUCAAAAAGCCAAACCUGCAACUGACUGGGGACAACCAGCAAACCAGACAGUCUCAAAUGGCUUCUCUAAGGUCGGUAUGAUGACAUUACCACAUAAAAAUGUGACGUCAGGAAUUUCAUGGUCUGGAAUCAAUCAGUCUCCACCUCAAACAAGAGCGGCAGUUUCAACUUCAUCUUCAGUGUUUGGGUCAUCGUUUGGACCACCAAUGCCAGUGAGUGGUCCAUCAGCGUCAUUACCAUUGUCUUUUAAUGUUGGAAUGGGCAGUGGUUUAAACACAGCUGCUUCAAGCACUGCCAUUCUCAAUGGACCAGGAAAUCAAGCUUCAAGCGGUUUUGGACCUGCUCCACCUAAUGUCCGAAGGACUAAUUCGUUAACAGGUGGUUUUGGUCCAACUGCGGCAGGACCAUAUGGAACUAUCACUCCUACUAAUAGACUGAAAUAUAAUCAAAUGUUUAAAGCACACGAUUAUCAGAAGACAGGUUUCUUAUCAGGCGAUCAAGCUAGAAGCAUGUUGAUUCAAUCAGGUCUCUCGCAGGGAAUUUUAGCUCAAAUAUGGAACCUUUCAGAUUUGGACAAAGAUGGCCAGCUUAACAUUGAAGAAUUUGCCCUGGCCAUGCACUUUGUCGAGCUAGCAAAGCAUGGCCAGUCUUUACCUCCUACAGUACCACCAGAGCUUCUUCCCCCUUUGUUCCAGUCACGACAACCCAAGGAUGCAUUUGCUCCAGUUCCAGAUGGCCGUGAGAGGUCUGACAGUGGACGAGAAAGAAGUGGGAGUGAAAGAGAGAGAAGCGGAAGCAUAGAUGGGCGGUCAAGAUCAGGCAGUACAGCAAGUGGAAAAGGAGUUUUCACCUUUGAAGACAAGAGGAAAGACAACUUUGAAAAAGGUCGUUUAGAACUUGAACGGAGACGUAUGGAGUUGCAAGAAAAAAUGAAAAGAGAAAGGGAUGAGAGGGAGAGGAAAGAAGCUCUAGAAGAAGAAAGAAGACAACGAGCGAAACUUGAAGCUGAACAAAAACGACAAGCAGAGCUGGAGAAGCAGCGGCAACAACAGCUGGAGAUGGAGAGGGAGCAAGAAGCACUGAGGAAGAAAAUGAUUCAACAGCGACUUGCUGCACAAAUUGAAGCAGAGAGGCAGCGUCAGCUAGAGUGGGAAAAGAGAAAAAAAGAAGAACUAUUAAAUCACAAAAAUAUGGAACAAGAUAUUGUUAACAACCUUAAAUCAAGGGUUCAGAAACUUGAAGAAGAGUUACUUAGAGUGAACCAAGCUAGAAAUGAAGCUCAAGAGACAUUAGAUAAAGAAAGACAGACUUGCAUGCAGUGUCAGUCGUCAUUAAACCUUAUAAACCAGAGCCGCGAAAUGAGAUUAGCAGAAAUCAGCAGAGUGCAGUGUGAUAUCAAGGACUCCCAACAAAGAAUAGUUGUAUUGAAGAAAGAGAGUGAGAGACUCUCUCAAGAAGUGAACCAAAUGGAUACUAAUAAAUUAGGAGACACUCAUGGCAAUGUGAUGGCCAGUGUUCAGGACUCAAGAGGAAACUUUAGAAGAUUGCAAACCUUACAGAACAAUAUGGAGAGGGUUCUGGCUGAAAAGUUCAAGGAGCUAGAUACUAUGAAUACGCAAGUUAAGGACCUUGCAACAAGUGCUCAGCAAUUGACCGGCCAAAAUGCCAGAUUACAGCAAAUUUCAGAAGCAAAGCAGAGAGAAUACACAGUUUGGAAGCAGCGAAAGGAUGAGGAGGAAAGACAACGGAAAGAAUUGGAGGCCAAACGGAAACGAGAAGAGGAUGAAGUAAGGAAACAAAAAGAAAGAGAGUUAGAAGCUAUGCGUCAAGAGCAGGAAAAACAGAGAAAAGAGCAAGAAAUGCGCAGACGCCUCAAUGAAGCUAAGCAAGCUGAAGAGGCUAGGCGACAGGAAGAGUUGAAGAAACAGCAGCUUAUAACAAAAGACAAGAUACUGGUCCAGCAACAGCAGAUGUUGGUAUCAAGUGGUGCACCAGUUGUACGACACAUCAGCAGUGAACAGACCACUGUCAGCAGCAGUAGCACAUCUCUUAGCAGCAGUAGUAUGUCUGGUGGUGAUGUGAAGCAGAAAGUUUUACAGAUGCAGCAAAUGAUAAAGGAGCAAUCCACAGAUGUUAAGCCAACUUCCACAAAUUUCUUUAAACCAGUGGCAAAACCAGUUACAAAACCAGUUGCAAAGAUGGAGUACUACAAAACGCUGUAUGAAUUUGAUCCCAGGAAUCCUGAUGAGAUGGCACUUGAAGAAGGAGACAUUGUUGUGAUUGACCCAGACGCUAAGAAAGCCCCACCUGGUUGGCUUUUGGGUGAAUCAAAUGGCAAGAAAGGUUUGUUUCCAGCAAAUUAUGUGGAAAGAAUUACAGAGGAAGAAGCAAAAUCUCAAAAAGAUGGUAUCAGCGUUUCUCCUCCAGAAAGCAGCUCAUCUACAGUGAAGUCUCUUGCAGCAGCACUCAGCAUGCAAUUUGCUGCGGGUGGUUCAAUUGGUCCAACUGUAGCAGUCAGCGAGAAUUCUGCCCUACCAAGCACAAAUGUUACCACGGAGGCCCUUAAGCCUUCAAACAGUCAGCAGUCAACAGAAGGUUUCAGAGUCAUGGCACUGUAUCCCUACUUAGCGAAAAAAGAUGACCACCUUACGUUCAGCAAGAAUGACGUGAUUAUUGUGAAGGAGCAACAGGACAUGUGGUGGUCUGGAGAACUCAAUGGCAAUGUAGGCUGGUUUCCUAAGUCCUAUGUUAAACUUCUUGGUGGGCUUAGUGGAGCUGGUAAACCUGCAGAGACAAAUGGCACAGCAGCUAAAGAGCAGUCAGUUAAGGCCCCAGCACCAAUCCCUUCCACAGAGCUAAAGCCAAGCCCAGCAACAACAACCCUGUUUGAGUGUGUGGCGCUGUACAGUUACACUGGUGAAGUUGGUGACCUGAGCUUUUCAGAAGGUGAUGUCAUCAAGGUUCACAAGGACGAAGGGGAGUGGUGGGAAGGCAGCUGUAGAGGAGAACAGGGCCUGUUCCCUGCCAACUAUGUUAAGAAAAAGGAUACAGAGGUUCCCAAAGCUGCUCCUCGCACGAAACCAGAAAUCGCCACCGUGACGACAGCGUACAAUGCAGUGUCCGCGGAACAGUUGUCUCUGUCGCCUGGUCAGCUGAUCUUGGUGAAGAGAAAACACCCAGAUGGAUGGUGGGAAGGCGAGUUACAGGCCCGUGGUAAGAAGCGUCAGAGCGGAUUGUUUCCAGGCAGUCACGUGAAAAUCUUGGACAGGAAAACAUCACCAGCUUCUCCCGUUACGGAAGAUGUUUAUAGUGUUCCCCCUUCAGUGUCAAGAGCCAAACUGGAGCAGGUAUUAGCCAUGUUCCCGUACACUGCACAGAAUGCAGACGAACUCACCUUCUACAAGGGAAGCGUUAUAAACGUGGUGAGCAAGGAUGGAGAGUGGUGGAAAGGCGAAAUGAACGGCCAGACGGGCAUGUUUCCGUCUAAUUACGUCCAGCCGCUCAGUAACCUGCAAAUGGGCACAACACAAUGACGUAACAAACGUCUUCAGGACAUGAGGGUGACAGAAAUGCUUUGGGAUUUAUGUUUAUCUUGAUGAAUUUAAUUCAUGUAUCUAUUAAAAGAUGUAGCUUCAGGCUAGUUAAAGCCACAUUAGAUUUUAACGCUUUAGAGUGGCUAAUGCUCAAAAAUAAAAUUAUUAGUAAUCUUGAUUUUAUUUAUGGGUUUUGUGAAAUGUCUUAGAUAUGUUGGUCACCGGAAAAAAUUAGUACCAUCAAAGAUUUAGGUUUUCCAUGUAACGUUUGCGUUUUUCAUUUUCGUCGCUAAGGACAUUAUCCUGGUCGAUAAAGUCUAUUUAAGUUUGUUGGAUUUGAUAAGUUUUAACACGUUUUGUUCACUUAUGAAUAAAAUUAAAAGGAUAAUAAAGUAAUAAUCAUAAUAGGCAAAAGUUGACAAAGAAAAAAAGAUUGCGCAUCAUAGCCAUGCAAACGAUAUUAGGUGUCGCGUCUUCUUCGCUAUAUUAACACUAGAUGUAAAAGAAAAAAUAUUCGCGAAAAUUAUUUUUGAAACGAAGGAAAAUUCAGAAACAGAAUAAGUAGGUAAUUUUAUCAUUAACUUAGUUAGGGGACCUUAUUUUCAACAAUUGGCUGGAUCAUUCAGUCGUUAAUAUUUCUCCAGAAAUUUUGAUUUAUACUGUAAAUUUGGUGUGUUGUUCUUAUAUGGACCUUUGUUGCCAUUUCAAGAAAUGAAUUAAUAAUCAAAUGUAACAAGGGCUCAUUGUAGUGACUGCAGGAUGGAGUAAUAAACUGUUUAAGUUUGACGCUCAUA